AUGUCCGGCAUCACCUGCCCUGAUUGCCUCUCGGGCUCUGUCAAGAGCGGCACCCCAACUGGCACGGUCACCACGAUCCACGGCCUGCCCACCUACGUCGCGCGCCCUGAAAAAGCUCCCAAAGGGCUAAUCGUCAUGAUCCCCGACAUUUUCGGGUGGGAAAUCUCCAAUUCGCGACUCUUGGCCGACAGCUAUGCCAAGGAGGGCGGGUUUCUCGUCUACCUCCCCAACUUCAUGAACGGACAUAUCCCUUCGGUGUCCGAUAUGCACGCCAUGGAGAGUUUCCUCGCGCCUUCGCCUUCCAUCUUCACCACCCUCUUCCGCAAGCCUAUCUGGCUGCUCCAGGUCAUCGCCGCCGCGAUCCCCUUCCUGCUAUACAACGGCGAGUCCGCCGUACGACCCAAGAUCACCGCUUUCCACGAAGCGCUGAAGUCGGACCCGGAGACCAAGGAUUUGAAAGUCGGCUCGGCGGGCUUCUGCUGGGGCGGUAAGUACACGACGCUGCUGUGUCAGGAAGAGGGCCUGGUGACGGCGGGGUUCACGGCGCAUCCAAGUAAGAUGAAGUUUCCGGAUGAUUGGGAUAAGGUGAGGAAGCCGCUGUCGAUCGCGAUUGGGGAUGUGGAUCUGGGGAUUAAGGUUGAGAUGGUGAGGGAGAUUAAGAGGGUGUUGGAGGGGAAGGAGGAUGUGGUGAAUGAAGUUGUCAUUAUGCCGGGUGCGAAGCAUGGGUUUGCGGUGAGGGCGGAUCCGAAGGACGAGGGGCAGAUGAAGAGCGCGGAGGAGGCGAAGGUGCAAGCUCUGUCGUGGUUUGCGAAGUGGCUGGUGUAA